ACUAAAAGUUUGUCUUGGGCCUCGCAAGUUGCUACCCUCUUCCUCACCUUCACUCCUCUUCCUCGUUUCCCCCACGGUCAAUCGGGUGAUCUGACGGCGGCGGCGGCGGCGGCGGCGGCACUCCGAGCUUCCGCAACAUGGCGACGCGGUUGGCUGCGGCCGCGGCCGCCACGUUCAUGCGGCGCCUGGCCCCAGCGCGCCCACCAGUACCUAUCCUGGCGGCAGCAUCUACGGCGGAGGCGGUGACGUGCGGGCGCGGGGACAAGAAAACCAAGCGCGGGAAGCGGUUCAAGGGCUCCUACGGCAACGCCCGACCGAAGCGUGAGAAGAAGAUUGAGCGCAUCAAGGACCGCGUCGAGGUGCCCCGUUCCACUCCCUGGCCCCUCCCCUUCAAGCUUAUCUGAGCGCCUCCCCUCGGUCCGCCGGGGGUACCUUGGGUUUGCUGCGACAGUUGCUGCUACUUCGCCGUUUCCAAAUAGCUGCACGCGCUGCACGGGCGUGUGUUUCCUUUGUUUUUAAUUGUUUCUCAAUUGUGUGGCGUCAGAUAUGUACUGCCGCCGAACUGCUGUGGUUCAAGCAAUAUCCUUUUGGAUGGAAGUGAAGAGAUGUGUUUCUGUCCAUCA